AUGGACCUCCGCCUCGCCCUCGCGGGCCUCUUGUCUGUCGCGCUGUUGACGGCACCGUUGCCCGUGUCGCACGGGCAACCGUCGCGGCCCGCGUCGAGCUUCAUCCCGCGCGACAACUUCCUGAUCGACUGUGGAGGGACGGCGCCGGUGAACACGAGCGACGGGCGCUUCUUCAAGACGGACAUGCAAUCGAACUACCUGCUGUCGGCCAAGGACGCGAUCCGGGUGUCGGUCCCGGACGCGCCGGGCGUGCCGUCGCCGCUCUACCUGUCCGCCCGGAUCUUCCACGACGAGGCCACCUACAGCUUCCACCUGACCAACCCGGGCUGGCACUGGGUGAGGCUCCACUUCUACCCGCUCAACAACUCCAACUUCGACCUCACCCGCGCCGCCUUCUCCGUCAACACCGACGACUACGUGCUCCUCCACAGCUUCACCCCCGACGACCCUUCCAAGUGGGUCCUCAAGGAGUACCUCCUCAACGCCACCUCGGACCGCCUCUCCCUCCACUUCGCGCCCCUCCGCGACUCCGUGGCCUUCAUCAACGCCAUCGAGGUCGUCUCCGCGCCCGACAUCCUCGUCUCCGACACCGCCUCCUCGCUGGUCCCCGUGGGCGAGGCGUCCGGGCUCUCCCAGUACGCCUACCAGACGGUGUACCGGCUCAACGUGGGCGGGCCCCCCAUCACCCCGGCCAACGACACGCUGGGGCGCUCGUGGGGCGAGGACGGCGAGUUCCUGCAGCCGAAGGCGGCGGCCAAGACGGCGGCGGCGGCGCCCGGCGCGGUCAAGUACAGGGAGGGCACGUCGCCGCUGAUCGCCCCCAGCUGGGUGUACGCCACGGCCGUGCAUAUGGCGGACGCGGGCGUGGAGAGCCCGAGCUUCAACGUGACGUGGCGCCUCGAGGUGGACCCGUCCUUCGGGUACCUGGUCCGGCUGCACUUCUGCGACAUCGUGAGCAAGUCGCUCAACGACCUCUACUUCAACGUCUACGUGAACGGGCUGACGGCCAUCUCGGGGCUCGACCUCUCGGCCAUCACCGACGGGCUCGCCGUGCCCUACUACAAGGACCUGGUGCUGAACGCGUCGGUGGCCGGCGACCGGAUCACCGUGCAGGUCGGGCCCACUCGGGAGGACACGGGCAGGGCGGACGCGCUGCUGAACGGCAUCGAGGUGCUGAAGAUGAGCAACUCGGUGGAGAGCCUGGACGGCGAGUUCGGGGUGGACGGCAAGAAGGAGGAGGAGGGGGGCCCGAACCGGCGCGCCGUGGCCGCCGUGGGGUUCGCGAUGAUGUUCGGCGCCUUCGCGGGGCUGGGCGCCAUGGCGGUGAAGUGGUACAAGCGGCCGCAGGACUGGGAGCGGCGGAACAGCUUCUCCUCCUGGCUGCUCCCCAUCCACGCCGGGCACUCCAGCUUCAUGACCACCAGCAAGGGCUCGGGCUUCGGCUCGCACAAGAGCGGCGGCUACACCUUCUCCUCCACCCUCGGCCUCGGCCGCUACUUCUCCCUGGCGGAGCUGCAGGCGGCCACCAAGGGCUUCGACCAGAACGCCAUCAUCGGCGUGGGCGGCUUCGGGAACGUGUACCUGGGCGAGCUGGACGACGGCACGCAGGUGGCCGUGAAGCGGGGGAACCCGCAGUCGGAGCAGGGCAUCACCGAGUUCCAGACGGAGAUCCAGAUGCUGUCGAAGCUGCGGCACCGGCACCUGGUCUCGCUAAUCGGCUACUGCGACGAGAACGCGGAGAUGAUCCUGGUGUACGAGUACAUGGCGAACGGGCCCUUCCGGGACCACAUCUACGGCAAGGACCUGGCGCCGCUGUCGUGGAAGCAGCGGCUGGAGAUCUGCAUCGGGGCGGCGCGCGGGCUGCACUACCUGCACACGGGCACGGCGCAGGGCAUCAUCCACCGCGACGUCAAGACCACCAACAUCCUGCUGGACGACAACUUCGUGGCCAAGGUGUCGGACUUCGGGCUGUCCAAGGACGCCCCCGGGAUGAACCAGACGCACGUGAGCACGGCCGUCAAGGGCAGCUUCGGCUACCUGGACCCGGAGUACUUCCGCUGCCAGCAGCUGACGGACAAGUCCGACGUCUACUCCUUCGGGGUGGUGCUGCUGGAGGCCCUCUGCGCGCGCCCCGCCAUCAACCCGGCCCUGCCCAGGGAGCAGGUCAGCCUGGCCGAGUGGGCCAUGCAGUGGAAGCGCAAGGGCCUGCUCGAGAAGAUCAUCGACCCCAACCUCGCCGGCACCAUCAACAAGGACUCCCUCUCCAAGUUCGCCGAGGCCGCCGAGAAGUGCCUCGCCGAGUACGGCGUCGACAGGCCCUCCAUGGGCGACGUCCUCUGGAACCUCGAGUACGCCCUCCAGCUGCAGGACGCCAACCCUCCCGCCGCCGCCGCCUCCGAAUCUCCUCCGGCGUCGGCGUCGGCGUCGGCGUCGGCUAAUUCCUCCGCGUCGGACGCGGAGGAGCGCGCUGAGGCGGCUUUGGCCGCUAGCCGCGGCGUGGACGCCGAUUCCAACUCGGUGGUGUCCAACGAGCUGUUCGCACAGCUGGCCGGGAUGAAAGGCAGGUAGAUGCAGUGCGCGCGUGCGUGCAUGGGGCGGUGGGAUUGAUGGGCUCAGUGGAUGCGUUACGUAGUUAUAUAAUAGCCAUACGUGUAAGCGAGACUGAAUCGGUUCGUCGGCACUGGAUCCGUUCUAAUUCUCUUCUAUAUAAUUUCUCUCUGUGUGUGUAUGCGCCGGCCCUGUACUACUGACGUGGUCGUUCUCAAAGCUCUCGUAUCGUGAAACUCUUGUUAUAUAUAUACAUAAAAUAAUAUGUACGACUACAUAUACAUUUAUUGUGACUUGCUGUUUAGAGCUAAAUAACUGUCGUAGCCCGCAGUUUCGGUGGCCCAGGGCACCGCGACAGGUAUUAUCAUACGAACGGUUUUAUUCAACCAGUAAGAUUGGUCAUCCAACCCGAAAUAGCAUUUCAACAACUCACAUUUUUUUGUCCUCAUUCAGA